AUUAGUUACUUAGAUACUUGCCUCGCGUUGAUCAACGGGACUCGCUCUAAAGAAGUCUGGACCACGAGUUGCCCGUUUCUAUCUCCCACCUGUCAAACGUUGGUGUGGGGCAACUCACAGCGACGGUAGGAUGAGACCCCUCAUUGCUCGCAUAUAUACCUGACAACCCUCGAACCGCAUGCGGCAGGACCCCGUGUGUAUCUACGUAUCCAUAUGAUAUCUACCUACCUACACACGAAUCCUUUCUGAUUUUCUGCAAUCCAAUUCAUCUGUACUACGCAUAUCGCGACCUAUAUCACAUAUAAUCCGUACCUAUACAGGGUUUCUAGCCAAUCCAGUGUCAUCUUGCCGUCAUCGCCUACAUAGUUACCUACCUACAUAUAUCUUUGUGGGGGUAGGAAUACCUCCACAAGUCUCACUGCUACCCUACAUUAAAAACUCCAAACGGCUCACAGGGGGCGACACAUGACCAUGCCUCGAAGGACGAGCCGUAAUAGUCCAAGUCUAUAUUACGACGUACCCAUCGCCAUUAUACCUCUGAUCAGUUCCAUACUUUUACUCAUAAGACUCUACCGUUGGCAACAGUCUCAGUAUUACCAACUCCUUAACCUUAUCGACUACACAAUGGAGCACACUAUCUCACGUCUAUCUAGUGGGAGCCGAGGCCGAGGCCCUACUACAUUUCCCAAGUUUAAUGAACUCCCCCCUGAACUACGUAUCAAGAUAUUUCAAUAUGCCAUGCCAGACCCGAGGACGGUAGUCGUCAAGUCGCCUCACUCAAGACAAGCACAGACACCUAGGUCACUAGAGGAAGCAAUGUCGGGACAACACAACCACGAGGGAACGUGGUAUUCAACCGCACAGAUCCCUGCCCUCUUACAUGUUAACGCCGAGGCUCGGUACGAAGCACUCAAACACUAUAAACUAUCGCUCGGCGUAGGAAAUGCGCAACCGAGAAUAUACGUCGACUUCAGCCGAGAUACAGUAUUUUUCGGAAACUCAGAGCUCAAACCCGAAUGCUCAGAGUUAUGGGCUUCCACAAGAGACCUAGAUCGGGUACAACGACUCGCCGUCGUUCCCGAGGGUGCUUGGAGAGUACUGCGGUGGAAGAAGGUCGACUUAAAUUCACUAGAGAGGAUGAUCUUCGUGCACGACACAGAAAAUUUCGAGUUAGGUCCUCUUCCGCAGCUAGUUGAAGACGAACCACAAGUCAUUGAGUCAGCGCUACUCGAAGAAGACGUACGACGUGUAGAGGAUUUACAGUUGGAGGAGGAUUUGGAAGAAAACAGUAAUGCGGAUCCAAUGAAGAAGAGGAUGCAGGCAGCUCGUGAGGAGCUAGAUACGCUGAUGACGGUCCUACCAACACAAUGGGAGAGGGAGCCUACGGUGUCGACUGGCGUGUUUAAGAAAAUUUGCGGGGAUAAAUGGCUAUGUUGAUUGGCUAUUACUACGUGGUGACAAAUUUAUAAGCUACAGCGUGUCUUAUCUUACGCUGUACAUCAUGCUGUACGCUUCAAGAUUCGACCAACCACAUCAGGAACUCUCACAUCUCUUAACUGAGGAAGGAUCUAACUCCCAAAUAUGAUCAACAUUAAGUAACAAUUCAUUGGCUUAUGAUGAUAUGAAUUGUGAUUUGUGAAUUAGGUGAUUUGCGAGAGUUUGACAUCCAGUAUCGUAG